UUCAGACAGAGUGCAUAUACAGGUAUAUUCAGACAGAUAGUAUAAGAAAAAUGUGUUUUUUUACAUUAAACCUGUAAACAUGUUCUUGUAGAACCCCCAAAUACAAGUAUGAACCUAAUGCUAAGCGUGAUAUGUCUCCUUUAAGUAAAUGACCUGAGUACUUCCUCCACCACUGACUACAACAAUAAAAGAUUUACACUGUUGUAAACAUAUAAACGUGGAACAGGAAGAUGAUGAUUUCUGUGUUUUGAAAUGUUGACCAAGAGAACAAAUAUCUCCUGAAAGAAACAGCAGCUGGCAACAUGAAUAUAUGGUGAUUACAGUCCUUUCUGUCUUUAGCUUCAAUUUAUUUAAAUAUAGGUCCAAAUGUUAAAAAAAGCAAAUUCUAUGUCGUGUAAACAUGAAGUAUAUUCACAUGUUUACAAUGAGUCAACUCUGCAAGUAUCAAGUAUGUUAAUGUUUAGUCAAGUAUGUUAAUUUUAAACUAAUGUACUCUGACGCUGAUUGGCUGCAAAAACCCCACUCCCCUGCUGACGUGCCUUCUCCGCUAAACUUCACAAUAAAGGUUGUUAGCUUUACGUAAGCUCUCGCUAUUUCGUCGUAGAGUGCCUAGAAGAUAGAGGAACACUUAAUUUCCAUCUCCAAGAGUUCAUUAUUAUUGUUUUGUAUCGUUUUUUGUUUUGUUUUACCGGACCUGCAUGACGUUGCGCUGAUUACAAGCUCUUAUUUUGAAAAACAAAAUGGUCAUCCGGUAUCAGGUGCCCAGUCUGCUCUCUGGACGGCUCAUACAUGUCCGCUGUAUCUAAAGCGAUGUCCAAAUUCCGUCUGGCGGUGGUCCAGCUGCACGUGACGAGCGUCAAAGCGGACAACCUGAGCAGAGCAAGGAGGCUCGUGAAGGAGGCGGCGGGACAGGGGAGCCAGCUCGUGCUACUUCCGGAAUGCUUCAAUUCUCCGUAUGGAACCGGCUUCUUCUCUCAGUAUGCUGAGAGGAUCCCAGGAGAGUCCACCCAGCUGCUGUCAGACACGGCGAAGGAGAACAAGGUGUAUCUGGUGGGAGGUAAGGAAGCUUCUGACUGACACACCAGGGUCCAUAGAGGAGAGCAUUCUACUCCACUGUGACUUUGCAUUUCAAUGUUUACGUCUAAUGAUUAUCCUGCUCAAUACUGAAACAUGGAAAUAUUCACUACACAGUAAUAUAUCGAUUCGAUUUGUUUCUUUUUUUUUCAGAAAAUAUUUAGAGUUAAGGUGUCAAAUAGUUUUAAACAUUAAAUAAUCACACAGCUUUUUACUGUAAAAUCACAGGCUCUUCAUGUAAACCUGCUA